GAUUGCUACGAGUGAUAUGACCCAACAUGCCCACCUCCCCAAUAGCCGCUUACAACCACCCACCACAUGGUGUUGCUUCCCAUUUAUCCCUACAUUGUCUGCCCUUUGUGAAUAUAAAUUCAAGCUUACAACCAUUGAUUUUAUCCAUCAUAAGAUUUGCAUUAUUCGCUAUUCUAAUAUCCAAAGCUUUCUUUCUCCAUUUUUCUCCCAUCGAUCUUUACCUUUAUAGAGUACCAAGAUGAUCAGCACCAAGAAGCUCCUCAAGUUGGCAAGAAAGUGGCAGAAGAUGGCUGCAAUCAGGCGAAAAAGAAUCGCAUCCCCACAAAUCAUAAAGGCAAGUACAGAUAUUACAAGUACAUCAUCAAAAGCAGAGAAAGGCCAGUUUGUUGUGUACUCUGCAGAUCAAAGACGAUUUCUGCUUCCAUUAGAAUAUCUUAACAAUGAUAUAGUCAGAGAGCUAUUCGAUAUAGCAGAAGAAGAGUUCGGAUUGCCCAGCGAUGGACCUCUUACAUUACCAUUUGAGGCAGAGCUUUUGGAAUAUGCAAUUGAUUUGAUAAAGCAGCAGGUCACUAAAGAUGUAGAAAGAGCAUUCUUGACUUGCAUAGCUGAUCGUUUCUGUUCAUUGUCUUUCCAUCUCCAACAUCCACUACCAAGCAAUCAUUUUCCAAUUUGUAGCUUCUAAAUAUACUUAGACUUGUAAAGAAAGACAUUCUUUUUCAAUAGAUUUUUGUCAGAAAUUCUAUC